AUGACUCACCAGUUCACAUCGCUGUCUCCGGACCAGAAGAAGGAGCUGUCUGAAAAUGCUCAAAAGAUUGUGGCCACAGGAAAGGGCAUCCUGGCUGCAGAUGAAUCAACAGGAACCAUGGGGAAGCGCCUCCAGAACAUAAACGUUGAAAACACUGAGGAGAACCGACGCUGCUUCAGGGAUCUCUUGUUCUCGUCUGAUCCCAUUACCAGUGUGGGUGGGGUCAUUCUCUUUCACGAGACCCUCUAUCAGAAGUCAGACUCCGGCAAACUGUUCCCCCAGGUCAUUAAAGAUAAGGGCAUUGUUGUAGGCAUCAAGGUGGACAAGGGCACUGCAGGGCUCUCAGGAACAGACGGGGAAACCACUACACAAGGUCUUGAUGGUCUGUCUGAGCGUUGUGCCCAGUACAAGAAAGACGGAUGCGACUUUGCAAAGUGGCGCUGUGUGCUCAAGAUCUCGGAGAACUCACCUUCCGCUCUGAGUAUUGCAGAGAACGCCAAUGUUCUGGCCAGAUACGCCAGCAUCUGUCAACAGAAUGGUCUGGUGCCCAUUGUAGAACCAGAGAUCCUUCCUGAUGGCACGCAUGACCUUCAGCGCUGCCAGUACGUCACAGAGAAGGUACUCGCUGCUGUGUACAAAGCUCUUUCUGAUCACCACGUUUACCUGGAGGGAACUUUGCUUAAGCCCAACAUGGUGACACCAGGAAAUGCCUGCCCCAAGAAAUUCAACCCUCAGGAGGUAGCCAUGGCAACAGUGUCCGCUCUGAGGCGCACUGUCCCGGCUGCUGUGCCAGGGAUCUGCUUCCUCUCUGGUGGACAGAGUGAAGAAGAGGCUUCUAUUCACCUGAACGCCAUAAACCAGGUGCCUCUCCAUCGCCCCUGGAAACUCACCUUCUCUUACGGCCGCGCUCUGCAGGCCUCCACCCUCGUUGCCUGGAAGGGCAAAGCCGAGAACAAAGCCGCCGCUCAGGAAGCUUUCUGCACCAGGGCCAAAAUCAAUGGCCUGGCUUCUAAAGGAGAGUACAAACCCAGUGGCUCUGCUGACCAGGCGUCCACACAGUCUCUCUUCACAAAGAACUACGUCUAUUAA